AUGUGGCAAAGGCACCGCGCAAAUCUGGGCUUUGCGGGCAAGGGAGGCCCCUGGUCGCCGGGAAAGGAGAUUGAGGGGCCCCUGGCGCUGGGCGCUAGAAGCUUGGCCGCGGUGCUGCUAGCGGCGCUGGAGGUGCUGGAGGCGCUGGAGGACGCUGCGAAGAGCUGCUGCUGGGUCUGGGGAAGCCCGCAUGGGGGAUCUGCGGGGCCGGAGGCUGCUGAGCUACGAGGUAAGGCCGACGCAGUGCAGAGACGGUCGCAAGCCAUGAGUGGCCCGUGGCUGGACCCCUAG